AUGCGUCAGAGGCCGAGUCGGCCCGAGAACCUCAGUCCAAAGACGUCGCAGAAGCUCAGCCGGUACAGCAAGUGCUCCCAAAGGCCCACGGUACGUUUGUCUUCGCCCCCCUCGGAUCGCAGCAGAGGUCGCAUUCACUCUGCUUACUCUCCAUCAGUUAACGACUUCUACGAGAUCCGGGCUGUUCCCGGAAAGGGUCACGGCAGCUUCGCUCUCAAAGACCUGAAGCGUGGUACGCGCAUUCUCAGCGAUAUCACCCUGCUCGCUAUCACCAACGGAGACUACCUCGUAGCGGAUAUCGAGGCGGCCUUUGCGAAGCUUUCGGCGGAUGAACAGAAGUUGUACUGGAGCCUGGCAUCGAGCCAUGGCCAGGAUCCGAAGAAAUGGCCGAGCAGGGUACACGAGAGCGUGAAGGGUCGCGAGUUGCAGCGGAUUCAAGAGCAGCACAACGCCCGCGUCGGCAAGGAGCCGUCUCUUCUCAGCAUCUUCCAGAACAACUGUAUGGAGAUGGGCAAGGGCGCGGGCAUUUUCCCCAAUGCAGCCCGCUUCAACCACAGCUGCACUCCGAACGCGAGCUUCAAUUGGAACGCAAACAUCCAGCGGGAGACGGUCCACAUCAUCCACGACAUCAAGGCGGGCCAACAAAUUACCCUUUCGUACUGCGACAUGACUCACGAGAAGACGCUCCGAUCUUGGGAGUUGAAGCAUUACGGGUUCAGCUGUGAUUGCCCCGCUUGUGUCCACGAAGAGGAGGAUGCGGACGGGUUCGCUCGGGAGGGUGUUGAUCGGAGGUAUCGCAUCAAGGAGCUGGAGCAGACAACUAGCUAUUUGCGAGGACCGAACUUGGAGAUGGGAGUCCUCAAGGAGCCGGACUUCGUGAAGCAGCUGCUUGAGCUGGCGAUCCUCCACAUGGAGAUUGGAGACUACUCGAUGAGGCUAGCAAAUAUAUACAUGGACCUUGCUUUGGCCUGCGAAUUCGUCAAAGACUUCAAGAACGGCCAGGACAUGGCAGCUAACGCGCUCCACAUCAAGCGCGACUGCCAGGGCGAGGACUCAGCGGAUUUCGAGAAGUACAAAGGUGCUCUGAAGCGGCUGCAUCGCAGCUACAAGACGUCCCAGGGAUCGUAGGUGGAGACAUUUCAGCGGGACGGACCGUGGCGUUGCGUUUGAGAGGCGCCAACGGACAGUCUCGCUUCGGACACCGUCGAGUUGGCAUCGAGCAGGACAUGUGGUCUUGGG